AACCGGUUGAUAUGGAAACGUGACGUCACACUUUAGUACUCUAUUAAUAGGCAAUACAAAUGUAUGAUUCUUGCUACAAUGUCCAAAUCGGAGAAACGAAACUGAAGGUAACCAAAGGCAUCAGGAAUAUGAAACUUAGUCGAGUCUUUGUAAACCCACAGCAUCACUGCUGCUGAUAUGGAGAAGUUAAGAUUAUCACGGAGUCGCACAGAUCCAUCAUCCUGCUCUUUAGAGACUUUAGAGGGAAAAGCCGCUCGAUAUGGACAUUACAAUCACUCUUCUUGACGGGGAGUCUCAUCCCCUCACCGUGGAUCCAGGGACCACCGUGGGCUCGCUGAAACACCUCAUCCUUCAAAGCUUUAAACUCUCCCCGGAUAAGCUUUCGUACGACAUAGAAGGACAGAAAAUAAAUCUCAAUGACGACACGAGAUCUUUAAGUGCCUAUGGUGUGCCGGCCGGCGCCAAUAUCUUGAUGCUGCUCAAGGAGCACAGGAGUGAGCCCACCGACAUCGUUAUUAUCCUGAGAAUGGAAAACGGCCAGAUUCACAACUACACCGUCCGACCUCGGGAGACGGUGGCUGGCUUUAAGCUCAAGGUUCAACAGCGGGAAGGAUUGGCCGUGGACUUACAAAGUCUGAUGUAUGAAGGCCAUCGGUUGAACUGCGAGAGUCGUACAAUGGAGUCCUGUAAUGUGAGAGCGGGGGGCAUCAUCUUCCUAAGCAGCCGGCUGAGAGGCGGAUGGAAAGCCUCCAGCUAGACCAUUUUCAUCUUAUAUAGGCAGAAAAAGGCAUAGCCUGAAGCUUAAAUGUCGCUAUUUAUGCCACUUUUUUGUUCAAACUGUUUUAAUCAACUGAAUAACUUAUAGGCAUUGAUUCAACAAUUGUUAAAUUGUUUAAAAAAUACAAUUACAGUAAAUAGGACCAGGUGUACGAUUUCAAAUAAAGGUUGUAAUUUAAAUUCAAAGCCAAACUACGUGUUUAUAAUAUGGGAAGAAGGUAAACAAGCAGUGGGAGGUCGCUGCGUGUAGUGAAAGAGAGCCCAGAUGGAUCUGAGACUUGUAAAGGCAGUUAUGUUGCAAAGGGGUAUGGUCAAGUGGAAGGGAUUGACUAUGAAGAGACAUUUUCACCGACACCCAACAGGACCUCUGUCGAAGCAUUGAUGCAGGUGGCUGUACAAGAAGAUCUUACCCUACACCAAAUGGAUGUGAAGACUGCUUACCAUGGCUGCUUACCCCCAUGCUAUAUCCGCCAACAGCGCCAGAGAUCCGCCCACAAAGCUACUUCCGUUUUGCGUUUCUCACUUGCGUUGCAGACCGUUAAAAAAGGUAUUUCGACAGUCUGUAACGCAAGUUCGCCCGUUCCCUAACCGCCCCUGGGUGUAUGUGUACGUGUAUAUGUUAAUGAUUAUAUGGUAAUGAUUUUAUUUUCAGAGAUAAUUAGGAUUUUUUUGCUAGUAUACAAGCACUUGGAAUAGGGGGUGGCCACAGUGACCCAGGCCACGGCCCCUUUGUCCUCAUUGGCUAAUAAAAUACAUACUAAUACAAUUUGUA